AUGGCGUUUGUCUCAGAAGCUGUAGAAAAUACAGAAGAUGAGUUCGACGAAGAAGCUGUGGAGAGAGACGAAUUUAAAAUCGAGCAAUUGGUUGAGGACUUCGUCAACGAGCCUUCAAUUCUACACGAUGAGGUUCUAGAAAGUGAAAGUGACAGCGAUAACGAGGGUAAAGAGGAUGAGAGAGUUUCGAAACAGAGGUCGACGAACUAUGCGAGGCGUGGUAACGGGACAUUGUACAAAGACCAGAGAUUCUUCAAUGGAGUAGCUUUUAAGGAAUGUGUCCUUGAUUAUGCACUAAAAUCAGGCAGAAACAUUAAACAGUACAGGUACGGUAAAGACAAGAUUGGAUUUAAAUGUGUUGGUGGAGUUAGCGAAGGUGAAGCUUGUGAAUGGAAAGUGUAUGCGUCCAUCUUACCAAGUGCAAUAUAUGGAAAGUAA